UCCCAUCUCUCUCUCUCUCCCUCUCUCUGUCUCUCGGAAUCGCAGAGUCGGCGAUAAUCCCACUUGGAAUACGGAACUAUCUCUGUAAUGCAACUACACAUACUUCGAGGCCUCUCUCUCUCCUCUCUGGAAUUCAUCGGACACUCUCGCUUCAUCUUCUCCGGUCACCGGCAAAAUCUCCGGUGAUUUCAAGUAUAUCGAAAGUUUUGAUUUUCAUUCUCUCUCUCUCUCUCUUCACAUUCGCAAUCCACUAGUCUCUCUCUGUUUCUCCCUCAAUUUUGGCUCGAUCACUUGUUUGUUGCGUAAUUUUAUUGAUUGAUCGUCACUGAUUCUCGAAAUUUCUGAUCCAUUCGAUCGUUUUCUGAGUUCAAUUAGUUGAAUUUUUGGCGAAACUACUUGGAAACUCAAUAGUUGAAAACAACAUAGAGGGAUUUACAUACAUAGAAUUGUAUAGGAAUUUUGAGUGGUAAACCAAAGCAGACAUGUUGGAUCUUAAUCUGAGUAUUCUCGACAAUGAAGUCUUGGCGAACGUUCCAGAAAGUUCGGAGGAGGAGUCAGGGACUUCGAAUUCUUCGGUGGUAAAUGCCGAAGCUUCUUCUAGCAAUGCCGGCGACGAUGACUCUUGCUCCACACGCGGAGACAUCUUCGCCUUCAAUUUCGAUAUCUUGAAGGUCACCGCCGCCACCACAGAGUCUGAGGUGGAAGGUAAUGAGAAUCGGAUGACUCGGUCUGAGUUUGUGACUCGCCAGCUCUUCCCUUCGAUCGGAGGAGUUGGUGGGUUAACUCAGGGUCUGAGUUCGUCAUCGCCCUCGUUUUUGCGGCCUAAUUGGGUAGAUCCAUCGUUGAAUCAAGCUACUAGUCAUGGUGGAUUAGCAGAGGUGAGAGUGGUGAAGCAGCAGGUGAAGAAGAGUAGACGGGGACCGAGGCCUCGGAGCUCACAAUACAGAGGAGUCACCUUCUACAGAAGAACUGGAAGAUGGGAAUCGCAUAUAUGGGAUUGCGGGAAACAAGUAUAUUUGGGUGGGUUUGACACUGCACAUGCUGCUGCUAGAGCAUAUGAUCGAGCUGCAAUCAAGUUCCGCGGUAUUGAAGCUGACAUUAAUUUUAAUCUCAGCGAUUAUGAAGAUGAUCUGAAACAGAUGACGAAUAUGACCAAAGAAGAAUUUGUGCACAUACUCCGUCGCCAGAGCACUGGUUUCUCGAGGGGGAGCUCAAAAUACAGAGGGGUGACUCUGCACAAAUGUGGCAGAUGGGAAGCUCGAAUGGGACAAUUCCUUGGCAAAAAGUAUAUAUAUCUUGGGCUAUUCGACAAUGAAGUAGAAGCUGCAAGGGCUUAUGACCAAGCAGCUAUCAAAUGUAAUGGAAAGGAAGCAGUCACCAACUUUGAGCCAAGUACGUAUGAUGGGGAGAUGAUCUCUGAGGCUUAUCAUGAAGGUGGUAACCACAAUCUUGAUCUGAACUUGAUGAUUUCAGCCCCGUCUUCUGGAGAUGGCCCAAAGGAUAAUGGAAGUUUGAGGCAUUUGCAGUUUCACCCUUAUGAAGUCCAUGGUGCAAGGAGAUCAAAUAUGGAGAGCCCUGCAACAACUACAUUAGGGAAUCCAACUCUUAAAGGGCAGGCAAUGACAUCAGACCACCAUCCCUUGUGGACUGGUUUACAUCCUAACUUCUUUCCCAAUUAUGAGGAAAAAGCAACAAGAAGAGGAAUUGAAGAGGGUUCUUCACAAGGAUCACCAAACUGGGCGUGGCAAAUGCAUGGUGGUCAGGGUAACACUGCCCCAACAAGAGUCUCUACGGCAGCAUCAUCAGGAUUCUCAUCUGCAGCUACUACCACUGCUGCUUUCUCAGCUUCCGUUCAUCCAUCAAAACUCCUCAAACCAACCGCCCUCCAUCUCUGUUUUCCUUCAUCUGCCACGGCAAGCAGUAACUAUCAAUACUACUACCAAAUGAGGCCGCUACAACCCCCACCGUAAUCGGUCUUUUUCACUGCACCAAGGAUAGAUAGGUAGGCAUAACCAUCUCUUUUUGUUCAUUUUUUGCACUUCAAAUAUUGAUCGAUAUACACCAAGAUCUGGCUUGUGACCUUGGCAAAACCAUUACCAUACCAUGUAGAACUUGAGAGUUGACAAAUACAACAUGGCAUGUUUGAUUUUAAGCUUUUUUA